AUGGCGUCUCCGCACGAAGAGUUGAAGUAUUCUUUUAUACAAGCUGAGAUAUAUUUCAUCGACAACACCUGGAGUAAAGAUCUAUGUUUGUCUGGGACUUCUGAAAUAGCUCUGGCGUCUUAUGUUUCAGAGAAAACUUGGAGAAAGGAGGACCUACCUUUAAAAUUGUGUGCCUAUAGUAGAUGCUAUAGAGCAGAAGCUAACAGGCAUCAAAAAGAAAAAGGAAUUUUCAGGGUUCAUCAAUUUACCAAAGUUGAAAUGUUUGGUGUCACAGCAAAUGAAGUCGGGAAUGAAAGCGAAGAUCUUUUAAGUGAAUUUGUUCAGAUUCAAGAGGAAAUAUUUUCUGAAAUUGGUUUGCAUUUCAAAAUCAUGGAAAUGCCGCCUUGUGAUCUUGGAUUACCAGCAUAUCAUAAAAUUGAUAUGGAAACUUGGAUUCCAAAUCAGAAAAUAUAUGGGGAAAUAUCAAGUGCCUCAAACUGCACAGAUUAUCAGAGUCGGAGAUUGAAUAUUAAAUAUGUUUCACCGAGGACUAAAAAAGAUAACUUUUGUCACACUGUAAAUGGAACUGCAAGUGCUAUACCACGCUUACUUAUAGCUAUUGUUGAAAACUUUCAAAAUCUCGAUGGUAGUAUCACUGUUCCAAAACCCUUGCAGGACUUCUUACAAAAAGAAAUAAUUUCCGAAAAACUUGCUGAAAAUUUAGUUUGCAAGAAACCUGUAGGUUAAUAUGCAAAUAAUUUAUUAAUUAUUCGCAUUAAAUAAUUAAGGCUUAAAUUUAUUACGCAUGCAGUUUUUAAAAAAAUGAAACUGUCAAAUUAAGGUUUUGUAGGGGAAUGUGAGGCAAAGUAAAAUAGUUACGAUAACUUAUUUUUUUCAAAAUUAACAAAUUGGAAAUUUGUUUUAAAAAUUACAGUGUACAUGAAGAAUGAACAGUGUAUUUCAUAAUAAAACUUGCACUGAAACAUUUUUUAAAAUAUUUGGCACUAAAUUUGUACUUGCGAAAAAAAAAAAGUGGAAAAAUUUCACCCUUUUUUUUAUUUAUGGGGAAAAGUGAAAAAUAAAGUAUUUUUCUAUAUUUUCUAUUUAAUGAUUAAAAAUAUUUUUGGUCUAGUGGAUGAGUGAAUAAAAUAGUGAAUAAAUGAGAAAAUAAGAAUAAAUGAAAGAAUAUGAAUAACUUGAUGAAGAAAUGAAUACGUUAUUUAAUGUAUGAUUGAAUAAUUAAGCAAAAUAAACUAUUUCACUUUGCACUGCAUGCAUUUGACUAAUUGUACAAAAUAUUUAAA